CGUGACCUUUGACCGGCUUCAUUCACUGACAGACGAGCUCAGUGGCAAAGGAAGGGCUAGUGGAAACCGGCUCCGGCUACUCUCUGUAAUGGUGUGUGAAGCUCCCACAGACAUUUACGAAUAUCCAGCAAUGAUUUGUGAAAAUGUAUUUCAAUAAUAAUCCAGGAGACACAAUGGAUACGCGGAAUAUUGUUGUGGACUAUGUCAAAUAUCGUCUGGAACGAAAUGGCUACGUGUGGCAAAAUGGACCUGCGAUGGAAAAUGGGGCUAGCAGAGUUUGCAACACUAUGCGUAGUAUAGGCGAUGAAUUCGAGGAGAGAUACCGGAGUCAGUUUGAAGAAAUGGGAAAUCAGUUGCAUAUUACGCCAACUACAGCGUAUCCAACAUUUCAUGCAAUUGUCAAUGAGCUAUUCGCGGAUGGUGUGAACUGGGGCCGAGUGGUCGCUUUGUUUACUUUCGGGGGCUCCCUCGCAGUGAGGUGUUUUGAGCAAGAUAUGCCCCAGAUUGUGGAUUCAAUAAUUGACUGGGUUUCUACAUAUGCAGACAAUAAUUUAUCACAAUGGAUUUCCGGUCAAAGUGGAUGGGAAGGGUUUGUAGCAUUUUACGAACAAGGCCCAGAGAAGCGAAACGAGAACCCUUGGCCUUCAUUACGGCAGAUCUGUGGAUACGCAGCUGGAGCCAUAGGGGUACUUACCCUGGGAGCCAUUCUCACGCAGAAGUCCUGACGCUAGUAGGGACAACAACACCAUGCGACCAAACUCUCUGUCAAUACUUUGGAGAUAAAUAUGUGUGAUAUUUAUUUCCUCAGUUGUGAAAUCUGGCUUUAAAUGUGUGGACCCAAAUCAGUUCUCUAGCGGUAUUUGGCUUUGUUGUUGUCUCUCUGUCUGUGUGUCACAACAUGAUCAGUUGGACUCCCAGAAUGCAACAGCCAUACAGGAAGUGGAUCAACAGUUGAACUAAAGUUUGGUGUUUCUCCAUGUAUUGUGGAUACAUGUAUACAGAAUCUUCUGGAUGACCUCAUACUUCCAACAUGUCAGUUGGGAAAAAGACAGUGGUAUAAACAGUUUUAAAAUUCUUGGGGGGAAAACGCCAUGAAAUGGAUAUGGCAUUUGUCUUUUGUGAGAUGCUUAUGACAUGAGCAGUGAACUCAUUAUGGCUGAAUGCUAACUAAUUCACAAGACGGGAUAAACAGGGAUAUAUAUUGAAUUAUUAACAGCAGGCGUCAGACAUGUGCGACACUUAUUCACAAGUGUGAGUCAUAAUGGCGAAGUGAUUUUAAUAACUUUUCAGGGAAGUUUUUACAAAAUUUGUAGGAUACAUGUUCAUCUGAUGUUAUGAAUGCCUUUUAUUUAUUUCCUACACAACAACUCAUUCAUUUUAUUAAUUAAUUCAUCAUAAAUAUUAGUCGCUAGCCAAUCGGUACUCUUCAACCGUUUCCUUUGUUCUUUAUUAUGUUGUUUUCAUCAAUCUGUUUCUGAUGCAGGCGUGUUCAUUGUAUGUAAAUGUCAUGCAAUGCCUACUGAAACAGUUUUUGAGUAUUAUGAAGAAUUUUAUUGACCUAUUUCUGUUGUUACAUAUUAAGUGUAUAAGGCCUGACAAAGAUUCUGAUGUGGAUGUGCUUGUCUGCUGCAGUACCUUUGUAAUUGAGGUUGUUAGUUUAAAUGAGAUUGGGACGAAACAGUGAAAUACUGUUAUUUGCAGAAAUAAUUGGUGGAGCUGGAAUGCAAAUGUAUUUUCUUUGCUUUGUUAAAUGUUAAAUGCUAUUACUUAUAAUUUAUAUUUACCAGUCGAUAAAAGAAAUCAUGAACACAUGAAAAUGAGGUACUUUAGUUGUCCUAUAUUGAAUCAUAUCAUACAAACUCUUAAACAAUAUGACAUGUGAAGGCAUGUGACAGAUGACCUAGCUUUAACAAUUGACCUACACUACCCUGGUCCCCGUUCCACUAAGCCAUCUUAGCGCGAAGGUGAUCGUAACUCCCAUACUUUAACACUGGCUUACGAUAGUCGUAGCGCUAAGAUCGCUUUGUGGAACAAUGCCCUGGAAAAGUUUCCGAGGUUGUGACGAGAUUCACAACAUCAAACUUAACUCUUAAAGAACCGUUUUAGAUCACCAAAAGGAAUGACGAGGGACUUGGUUCAAACAAUUAUCAAGGGUGGAUACAGCAUUCUUAAAAGGGAGGGGUCCAAAGUAUCCAAAUCCUCUCUGUGUGCCUCUCUGUGUGCGUGCGUGCGUGGGUGGGUGCGUGCGUUCGUGCUACAAUGAAAAGGCAGGGGACUCUCUGGAUCCGCCUAUGAUUAUGGUAAAUUAGUGUCUUUUUUACAAUUACAUGUAUAAUCAUAAUAAUGUGCUCCCCAUAUCAAUAGCAGGGGCAUGGGUAAUGAUGGCGCCACUCAGUUCACUCCCUAUCAAUAUUGAGGGCAAAAUAUUUUAUUUAUUGAUUGGGGGAACAGACUUUAUUGAAAAGUCCUCUGGAGAAUAUCCAGAGUUUGGCCACUACAGCUGCAGUGAUAAGGCUGUGGGUGAAGUUGGGUCAAGGACCAAUGUUUGAUCGCACAAAGAUUGUUGUUACUCAGUUGAUAACUAAACUGUACUUGCAUGACCUCUGACCCUGCAGAAUGACAAGAUGUCCGUUCUGCCCCACCCUGGGAUCGACAUGCUUCUGUCUCAGAACUUCAUUGCAAUAUUCCAAAGUUAGAUGAAUGUGGAGGAUGUCUUCAACACAAUGUUCAAGACAUACAGCUAACAUAAUUACUCAAAACCCAUUAUUCUUGAACUCAUUAUGUUUCAAAUGACGAACAUUACAGAGAUAGAAGCUAACAUUUUAGUCCACCAGUCUUUAUAAUGAUAACAUAUUGAAAAAACCUCCAAUUGGCAAAUUUCUACUAGUUCUUAUACCUUAACUAUUGGGCAGUUUGGCUAGGACUGCAGGACUAGUACCAAUUUCUAACGCUGCAUUAUUUUUUGUCUUAUCCUUUAAUGUGAAACGGGAAAUAUUAGGGAAUAUUAUUUCUUGAUGCAAUGUUAUUUCCUGUUCCUUGCGGACUUGUUUCUUGACAUAUUUUUGUAGGUCAGAAGAACGUUUGAGUUAGAUGGUCCACAAGACAUCCAGAAUGUGCAAUUAUGAUGAUCCCUCUUAAUAGUCAUGUGUAUAUGGGGUCUUACAGCCUGAAAACGACCCAUCCCACGCCACAAUAAUGUUCUUCAGAUGCCAUGUUUAACGUCACAAGGUACACAGCAGUAUUCAGUACCAUGAAUAAUGUAAUCAGCAGCAAGAAGAGGUCUUUUCUGGGUAGUUUUGAACAUAAUAAAAGUUAAAUUAAUCAAUUAGAUAUUUUAGAUCAAGAAACAUAGUGUAUCAGUCAGGGUCCCUCGUUUAUAUGUGGAACAUUGAUACUGUGAUUAAGACACACUUGUGCCCAGUUCGUGACCAGGGCCACCUUUCCACAAAACAAUCUUAGCACUAAGAUGGUCGUAAUUUCUAUAUUUUAACAUUGCUUGCGAUAGUCUUAGCACUAAGAUCGCUUUGUUGAACAUGGCCCUGAAGUUGGUUAUUAUUGAAGGAAUAGUAAAACUGUCUACAACUGAUCACUUCUUUGAUAAAAAAGGUUUAGUGAUCCUGUGGAUGGUUUGAUGAACGCAGGCUUUAGAAAUGAAGUAAGAUGACACACUGUCUGAACCUUUGUCUAGAACAUGUAGAAGUUGAUAUCAUUGUGAAGGAUUUGUGAUGUCUUUGAUUGGUAUGAGAAUGUUCAUCCCAAACCUGGAUGAGUAGGAGGUUUUCUUGAUGUGAUCACAUUCAUUUUGCAAUUGUUGAUUUGAGAUUGUUGUUUGUUGUAAAUAUAGUUUACAUUGUGAUGAUAUUCAAAACCUUGCGUUUGGACACCAUAUGAAUAUAAUACUUUUGAUAGGUGCCAAAUUUAUUUUGACUUUUGAUGUUGUACGAUUGCAUUGAUGAUAUUGAUCAUUUACAGUGCUGUGGAAGCACCUGGUGACCAUUAUGUAGUGCUAGAUUUACUUCUGGAAAACCACUUUGAGAGUGUUAUCAUGGUUAUCAGAUUCCACUUUUAGGAUGUACUCGUGUUUAUCAUUUCAACAUAUACUAUGGAUUUUCUUUUUCAAGCAUUUUAAAUUACACAAGUUUGACAGAGCCAAAAUACAUCAGUUUGAGGUCAUUAUUAAUAGUGUGUAGUGUAUUUGUGCUAAGUCUUCUCAAGUGCUCUGUUCAUUAUCUUCAAAAUGUGACAAUAUGAAGGCUCAUUCUAACCAUGCUAACAGGUGCUUGAUGCCAAAAUGUAAUCAAUAGAAAUUAUAAUAUGGAUAAGAGUUUGAACUGUUUGGGCAUCAAGUGACUGAAUAGUGUUGUCAUGCCGAUAGAUUCUGAUGUUAAUGGCAACAUGGUAUAUGUAUAUAUAUAUCAAUCUAUAUCCACAUCACCUUCAAUGUCAGUAUAUAUAUCUUCCCUCCAUGUUCUGAUGGGUCCAAUAAUUCAUAUUCACAUGGAAUACCUGGUCAUUGAGUCUGUGGGCAUCAGUCUAUAUGUGGUCACUGAAGAUCAUAUAGUGCUUAGAUUGAUACCUGGGUAAUGAUUUCAAAUUAUUUAAAAAUGUUGAGUUCAAAGAUUAGACGUUUGAAAAAGUUUUACUUUGAAAUUUGAACCCAUGGGUCGAGUUUUGGCUUCAUGUGAAAGCAGGUUUAUUUGUUUCAACCUUUGCAUGGUUGUUUUUGGUUAUGUUUAAGAAAUGGUUUAUUUUUAUGUCAUAUUUUGAAUAUUAAUAGCAGAAAAAGUUUAUUCACAAACAUACUGAUUUUCUUGUAUAUGUUGCAGAAGCAACUCGAGAUGACAAAAACCCUUGAUCAUGUCAAGUUUGUAAAGAAGCCUAUAUCUCUUGUAUUGUUGAUAUCAUUGUCCUUAUAGAAGAAUGUCAUCUGGUGAUUUAUAAGAUAAUCAUUGUUUUUGGAUAGCCUAACUUUCAAGAAUAUUUAAAACAUCUGAAUUAUUAACCAUUAUUUGAGCCAAAAUGGAUAAAACAUUAAAUUAUUAAUAUUGUUAAGUCCUAUGUUCAUCCUGUAUACAUUAAAACCUAUUAAGAUGCCCUUUUGUUUUAGGAGUCCCUGGUGUUCAGUGUCUAAAAGAUACUGCUUUUGUUGAUGUCUUUUUGUGGCAAACUACAAUUUGGUAGAAUCACCAUGACAACAGUGAUGAAUGUACAAAGGAAAGGGCAGUUAGUUGUGGCUGGUGGUUCAAUUGUUACUUGUUAAAGGAAAGACAACCACACAUGUAGAUGUGAAUCAGUUCAGUCCAGUAAUCCAUGCAUCUCCGUGUCUUGUGACUGUGUUAUAGUGUAAAAUAAGAUCAUACAUUUCAUGAAUAAAAGAGAGAAAACAU